UGGUAAAGAAUCAGGAGGAGAGUAUUGCUGUCACGUGUCAAACAGUUUUGGGCAUGAGACCAAUUGCACGUCCCUUGAAGUAAUAGAAUAUCAACCGACAGAUACAGAGCUGACAUCGCAAAUAAAUUGUACAACAGCAAAUAAGACAUUCAAAAUAUUAUGUAAGGCAGACGCAUCGCCAUCAGUGCAAUACUUCAUCCAACAAGGGAACAAAACAAUGGUCAAUUCCUCUGAUGGUAACGCCACAAUUACUACAUCAGAGAAUGGAUAUCUUGAUUUCAGUUGUAGUGCAAAAAACAAAUAUGGACAAGGAAAAACAGUGCAUCUUGAAAUACCAAUCUGUCGAGAUAACUUGGAGGAUAUAGAUGACGAUGGAUCCAUUCUUCCUCCUGACAAUCGGCUACAAAUAAUCAUGGUUAUCAUCGUUUGUGCUCUACUAUUUGUUGCUGCCUUGAUACUGGUUUAUGUUCUUWUUUCGCGAAAACGGAAGCAGUCAAAACGUGAUGUUGUCAGUGGCACACAGCAGCAAGACGGGGGGGCAAAUCAAUGGGCCGAAGAGUGUCCGUAUGGAGAACCAGUUGAUGCAAUACGAGGGAGAAACGUAAUUCACACAUCUGCAAGCAAUGCUGAUUAUGCCACCGUGGAAGAGACUGGGCACAAACCGGUUAUCACUUAUAACACAGUACAACAACCAACACGUGAUGAGACAUCCAGUUCGAAGAAAGUGAAAUCUAACGUGGAACCCGUGUAUGUUAAAGUCAAUAAAAACAAAAAGAAGGAUAAAUCGGCUGAUGUACCACUAAAUCUUCUGUAUGACGAGAUACCAGCUGACUUGUCCAAUCCAAAACAUCCGUCAACUUUGUUAAUAAACCAUCAAGAUCCAAAAACCUCUGAUAACAAAAACAGUAACGAACAAGAAGAUGGAGUGGACAGCGUUGAUCAGGGAGGAUCUUGGAUAAAUCAGUGUACUGAAAUUUAUGGCCUUAAUUGAUUAUGCAAAUAUUUGGGAACACGGUAACCCGGCAACAGAAGGCCAUUAUAAUUGGAAAUCAAAUU